AGUGACGCACGGCCCUGGCCGGCGGCCGCCCUGCCCCCGCUUCCUUUCACGCUGUCGGUGGCCGUAGGGGGUGGUCGUGGCCACCGCACCCGGCGCGGGAGGUGGCAGCGGCGGCCCGUAAUGCCCGGGAAACUCCUCUGGGGGGACAUCAUGGAGCUCGAGGCACUCUUGGAAGAGCCCGAGAGCCAGAAGAAGGAGAGGCAAAAGAGUGAUAGAAGGAAGUCAAGGCACCAUUAUGAAUCAGAUGAGAAAACAGAAACAAGAGAAAAUGGCGUUACAGAUGACCUGGAUGCUCCCAAGCCCAAAAAAGCUAAAAUAAAAGAGAAGCUAAAUGGAGACACGGAAGAAGGACUUAGUAGACUUUCAGAUGAGUUCUCCCCGUCUCAUAAGUCGAGAAGAAAAGACCUCCCAAACGGAGAUGUUGAUGCCUACGAGAAAAGGUCAAAGCGAGUGUCAUCCUUAGAGAAUUCUACUUAUAAGUCAAGUGAUAGAGUGGAGGAGGUACACAUCAUAUUUACUACCUUGCAUAUGGUGUUGUCUUUGAAAUGUAGGCCGACUUGUCGAGGGGUAACAUAUCUCUUUCCUAUUCAAGUUAAAACCUUUGGUCCUGUAUAUGAAGGAAAAGAUUUAAUUGCUCAAGCCCGGACAGGAACAGGAAAGACAUUCUCUUUUGCCAUACCCUUGAUUGAAAGGCUCCAAAGAAAUCAAGAGACAAUUAAAAAAAGCCGCUCACCAAAGGUACUUGUUUUGGCUCCAACAAGGGAACUGGCAAAUCAAGUAGCCAAAGAUUUCAAAGAUAUAACCAGAAAACUCAGUGUGGCGUGUUUUUAUGGUGGAACAUCCUAUCAAAGCCAAAUUAAUCACAUUCGGAAUGGGAUUGACAUCCUUGUUGGGACUCCAGGGCGUAUCAAAGACCAUCUGCAAAGCGGCCGUUUGGACCUUUCAAAGCUGCGCCAUGUUGUGCUUGAUGAAGUCGAUCAGAUGUUAGAUUUAGGUUUUGCUGACCAAGUUGAAGAUAUCAUUCAUGAAUCCUACAAAGCUGAUUCAGAAGACAAUCCUCAGACCUUACUUUUUUCUGCAACUUGCCCACAGUGGGUGUACAAAGUUGCAAAAAAAUACAUGAGAUCCAGAUAUGAGCAGGUUGACCUUGUGGGGAAAAUGACUCAGAAAGCUGCGACCACUGUGGAACAUUUGGCUAUCCAGUGCCAUUGGUCUCAGAGACCAGCAGUUAUUGGAGAUGUCCUUCAGGUCUACAGUGGAUCUGAAGGGAGGGCUAUUAUCUUCUGUGAGACCAAGAAGAAUGUAACUGAAAUGGCCAUGAAUCCACACAUAAAACAGAAUGCCCAGUGUUUACAUGGAGAUAUUGCACAGUCACAAAGAGAAAUUACCCUGAAAGGCUUCAGAGAAGGCAGUUUUAAAGUUUUGGUGGCAACCAAUGUGGCUGCCCGCGGCUUGGACAUUCCUGAGGUUGACUUGGUGAUUCAGAGUUCUCCUCCACAGGAUGUUGAAUCCUAUAUCCAUCGCUCUGGACGCACAGGUAGAGCUGGCCGGACAGGAAUUUGUGUAUGUUUUUAUCAGCCAAGAGAAAGAGGUCAGCUGCGAUAUGUGGAACAGAAAGCAGGAAUUACUUUUAAACGUGUAGGUGUUCCUUCUACAAUGGAUUUAGUUAAAUCUAAAAGCAUGGAUGCCAUCAGGUCUCUGGCCUCUGUUUCUUAUGCUGCUGUUGAUUUUUUCCGACCAUCAGCUCAAAGACUGAUAGAAGAGAAAGGGGCAGUGGAUGCAUUGGCCGCAGCAUUAGCUCACAUUUCCGGUGCAUCAAGCUUUGAACCACGAUCUUUGAUCACCUCUGAUAAGGGGUUUGUGACCAUGACUCUGGAAAGCCCAGAAGAAAUACAGGAUGUCACUUGUGCUUGGAAAGAGCUUACCAGAAGGCUGAGUAAUAAUGCUUUAUCUCAAGUAACCAGAAUGUGCCUCCUGAAAGGAAAUAUGGGUGUUUGCUUUGAUGUUCCUACAAGUGAGUCAGAAAGAUUACAGGGAGAGUGGCAUGAUUCAGACUGGAUACUCUCAGUGCCAGCCAAAUUACCUGAAAUUGAAGAAUAUUAUGAUGCAAACACAUCUUCUAAUUCCAGACAGAGGGGCGGCUGGUCAGGCGGCAGGUCAGGUCGUUCAGGCCGCUCUGGCCGCUCUGGUGGCCGAUCAGGUAGACAGAGUCGGCAGGGGAGCCGGUCAGGAAGUCGGCAAGAUGGGAGAAGACGAAAUGGGAACAGAAAUCGCUCAAGAAGUGGAGGCCAUAAACGGAGUUUUGACUAAGUGUUUGAUAGUUGAUCUUCCAGUGUGAGCUUGCCUAUUUCUGUCUAAUCAUGUAUAUUAUUCACCAAAAAUUAGGUCAUCAUAGUUGAGGUAUUUGUCUGUAAUUUGCAAAGAAGUUGGUCGUAUUUUUUUAAAAAGUAUUUCACAAGAAUGGUUGUAAACAAAUUACUUAUCCAGCUAUACCUUUGAAUUAAAAAAAGCCCCUUUUAUUGUCUGUUUUCA